ACAUUAUUUAUUACUUCAAAAAAUACUGUCAAUUAAUCUAUAAAUGUCAAAACUGUCAAAUGAACCACAGCACUUUUUUUUUAAUCUGUUAGUGUCAGUUCUCACUACCAGUAAAUAUUUCGUAAUUACUAAUUUUUAAUUUAUCUUAUUCUUAUUCUAUAAUAACUAACAUAUAUUGAAGCAUUAUGAAUAGUUGAAUACUAAUAAUAAAUACUACGAUAUUAGUAAUAUUGUAAAUUAUUAAUAUACUAAAAUACUGUUUCCGCAAUGAGGCCUGCUAAUUUAAACAAGUAUACUCGGACCUUUUACAACACUUGUCGAAAAUACAGCGAGGAAAAAUCAAUCUAUCAAAAACAUGAGGAAGGUCCAAAGCCACGCGAAGUCUUCGGAAAACCGUACCCGGAGUGGCGGAAACCUUGGAUAAAGAGAGAUGGCGAAUGGACCAGUAAAUUGUCUGUUUUCGUUGAGAAAAAUCCUAGUCCGGAUAUAAUGUACGCUUUGUCUCAAGUACCACAUUUAACGUUUGAUAAAAUAAAAGUCUGGUGGCAGGACAUGAAAGUGGUCCAAGAAGUUCAGAACCAAAAAUUUUUGCCAGAACGAGUAGCUACUCUUGGAUCCAAUUUGGCGGCUGUGCAUUUCUUUACAUUUCGACAAGGCAAAGUCAGGUUGAGAGGUUCAAGUGAAUGGCUAUUCGGAGAUGCAAUUUCACUCGAUCUUCCCAGCAACUAUGUGGAUGGUUAUUUUGUGGAAGCCAUUGACUGCAAAGACUUUCAUCACAAUGGUAUUCGAUUUGAGGGCUUGGAAAACCUAUAUGGUUUAAAUUUUCUCAAGUGGUUAUCAUUGAAAAACAAUAGGCAUGUAGAUGUUUGGUGCAUAGAUAGAAUAGCUGGCCAGAAUGGUAAAAGUCUAGAAUAUUUGGACAUUAGUGGGUGUAAUAUAUGUGUUGGUUGUGUAUUUAGUUUGGCGAGGAUGAAGGCAUUAAAAAUGUUAAUAAUAACUGAUCCUGGUGAUAAUAUAGAGUUACAGGCUGCAUUGUCUAUGCUGGAACAAGAAAAACCCGAGUUGUUAAUUAAAUCUGUAGAAAAUACAGAGAAUGUAAUUAGUCAAUGAUAUUUAAUUUUUGUUUUAGUAGUAUUUAAAAUAAAUUGUUAAUUUAUCCAGAAAAUUUUAGAAAUGUAAUAAAAUAUUGUUAAA